AUGUCUUCUACUCUCUUUUAUCGAUUUUUCCACCAAAAGGAACAGUCAACCAUCCAUUUCGAUGGCACGGGCAUAAACGUCUUUGACCUCAAACAUGAGAUCAUUGCACAGAAUAACCUCGGCCAGGGAAACGACUUCAUGCUUCGUAUUUUCCAUCUGGAACAACCAGACCUAGAAUACGAUAAUGACCAGGAUGUGAUCCCACGGUCUACAUACGUGUUAGCAAAACGCUCUCCAGUCACAGUUUUCAAUGCGCGCACGCAAUCUGCGGCCCGAUACGUCUCCGGAAGACCUCGAAUCACCAAAUUCAAGAACCAACCAGUGAUUGCCCCCUUGGCUGCAGCCAAGCCCGAGGCGGUGGUGGAUGAGAACAUCAGCGAAGAAGAUCGUAUCAAGAAGAUGUUCGAGAGUCAGUCGACGGCGUGGGCUCAAACACAGGACGAAUUGCUGACCCAUAAGAUGGUCCAUUAUAAGCCCGGAACAGAGGAUCUACCGCCGCCAGGUUAUGUGUGUUAUCGCUGCGGAGGGAAAGACCAUUGGAUCAAAAACUGUCCGACAAACCUGGAUCCAAACUUCGAGGGUAAGAAGAUCAAGAAGACUACUGGUAUUCCUAAGAGUUACAUGAAGACCAUUUCCAAGGAAACGGUCGAGUAUAGGCUUCAGAACCCCGAAAGUAAUGAAAGUGGCAUCCAAACCACAGAAAACGGUGAUUUGAUUGAUGCUCAGGGUAAUACUUAUAUGAUCACAGAGGACGGUAACUACGUGAUGACAUUUGCCGACUCCAAGACAUGGGCGCUGUUCCAGGAGAAACAGCAGAGUGCAGCGCUCCAAGCGCAGAAAGCGUUCGACAAGGAACUUGCUGGAAAAGCCACCGCCGAGGGGAAAACUCAGUACUUGAAUCCUCUUUCUACAGACCCGCAGGUAUUGAAGCUGCCAAUUUACAAGACGCCGUGCUGCCAAGACCUACAAGCACUUAAAAACAUGAAAAACUUCUACUACAACCAGACUGAGCUAGAACAGCUUUUGAUCGAGAACGACUUCCACUGUCCGAACUGUGGAAAGGGCGACAUUUUCUUGGACCUGCUUCUCCGUUGCGAGGAACUUGAAAGUGAAAUCCGUGAAUUUACGGAAGCUCUGGGUCUCGCAGAUCCAUCUUCGGCUAAAAGAAGUGCAGAUGAAGCCGAUGGUCCAGACCUGAAGAAGCCCCAUCUUGAAACCAAUCCCAUGCUUCCUCCAGGCAUGCCGUUCCCCAUGAUGCCUAUGAUGGGCAUGCCGCCGAUGUUCAUGCCGGGUAUGCCGCCAAAGCCAUAA